CGUCUUCUUCUUCUUUGAAUCAUCAUUUCUUAAUCUUCUUCUUCUCCAGACAGAAAACCCACUGUAGUCGGUAGCACAGCUCAACCUCAACCUCACCUCACCUCACUCCUCAGGCAGAAGACAGUCACGGCUAAGACAACCGCAUCUCCGUCCAGCGGUCCAGAUGGAACAAAGGCUAGGUAGUACGUGGGAGCUGACAGUGAAUGAGAAAACAUUUAUCGAGACUGCUUUGAAAUCUGAUCUUAGAACAGAUGGUCGAAGACCGUUUGACUAUAGACGGAUAACGAUCAAGUUUGGCAGAGAAGAUGGAUCAUCAGAGGUGCAGCUUGGUCAGACUCAUGUUAUGGGAUUUGUGUCCUCACAACUAGUUCAGCCAUAUAGAGAAAGGCCUAAUGAAGGCACACUCUCAAUCUUCACUGAGUUUUCUCCUAUGGCGGAUCCUUCUUUUGAAGCAGGACGUCCAGGAGAAUAUGCUGUGGAAUUGGGGCGGAUAGUUGACCGUGGUUUGAGGGAAAGUCGUGCAGUAGAUACAGAAUCACUUUGUGUUGUUGCUGGGAAAUUUGUGUGGUCCAUUCGCAUUGAUCUUCAUAUUCUAGACAAUGGAGGAAAUCUUGUUGACGCUGCAAACAUUGCUGCUUUGGCUGCUUUGAUGACAUUCAGGAGGCCUGAGUGCUCAUUAGAAGGAGAAGAUGGUCAGGAAGUUGUAGUGCAUUCACCCGAGGUUAAGGAGCCACUUCCUUUAACAAUACACCAUCUUCCUAUAGCAGUGUCUUUUGCAUUUGUUGGCAAUGAAAACACAGUGAUUAUUGAUCCAUCACACAGUGAGGAGGCUGUUAUGGGAGGAAGCUUGACAGCUACAAUUAACACCAAUGGUGAUGUUUGUGCUAUUCAAAAAGCUGGUGGUGUGGGUGUCCUGCAAAGUGUCAUCAUGCAGUGUCUUAGAAUUGCUUCGGUUAAGGCUGCCGAUAUAACUAACAAGAUUAAAACUGCGGUUGAAGCUUAUAAUAUAGAGAGGGCGCAAAGGAAGAUUAAACGCCAUCCAACUUCUGUUCCCAUGGAUCUUAGUGAACCUGUUACCAAGCUAGAGAUAGAGGAAAAGAAUUGCAAUGAAAGCAAUAACAUGGAGUGUGAAUUUCAACCUUUGGAGCCAAAUGGAACAAAGAAGAAGGAUACCCGUGCAACAAGCUUCAUUGGCGGGCCAUCAAGUUGGGAUCCGAUCUCAAAGGGUGUGAAUAUGGAGGAAUUGAGAGCGUCUUUGGCUUCUCGAGCUGUUACAUCUUCAACAACACCUAAGAAGGAGCAACAUCCAGAAGAAGCUGAAUUAAAAAAGACAACUGACCAAACUCCUCCUAUGGCUGUGGAAGCUAGUGUGGAAACCAGUGGUCAGAAGACAUUACUAGAUGCUGUAAAACCCAAACACAAGAGGAAGAAGAAGCAAUCUAGAAAUAUCAACUCAAACUAAACUAAGCUAAGCAGACAGACACAAGUGUAGUAAUCUACUUGUAGUGUAAAAUUGACAGUAUCAAAGAAGAAAUAUUAGUGUGAUUUUAUUAAUAGUUGAUUUUGUAUUUGUUUGGGAGUGGAAUGAAUGCAUUCAUUUUGGGGUUUAUUCAAUGUUAAAUUGUUGGACAUUUAAGUGAAUUGGUAGGUGGUUCACUUCUUUCUUGCA